AUGAAAGACGGACACAGACCCGACCUUUUCCGCUGGAAAAAAAUAACUCAGAGCAAAAAACCAUCAACCACGAAGAGAGUGGAGAAAGCUUCAGAGUUUGCAGUCUCUGAGGUUUUCUCCCUUAAGAAAUCCAAGACUGGCAUUCAUCAUCAGGCAGUUUCAUUACAGAGCACAGAUCAAUUGCAAGACCAUGAUGAGGCAUACGAUGAAGCGCAGGCAAUUCUGAGCGAAUGGAUGAACCAAAAGGUGCGCCUUGAACUCGAGAUGGAUGAUGAAGAGGAGGAGGACAUUACAAACUACAAAAUAGGGGCCCCUGCGUCGAGGUCACAGAAUCGUUCAGCUGUGCCACAGUGCAAAAGUUUUUAUGACAUGUAUACCAACCUGGAGCAGGAAGAGGAAAGCUCCGUGGUGAAUAACAUCCUGCAGGAGCUCAUGGAGCACGACGUGUUGGAUCCUGGGAUAGUGGAGGACCUGAGUCUGGACUCUGCCGACAGGGCCAAGAGGAGAACACGGAACCCGGGCCUGACCAUGGAGGUGCGGCACCGACAGGUGAAGGAGAACCGACUGAAGAGAGACUUGGAGCGGGACAGGGAGCGGCGGGAGAGGGAGGCGCAGAGGGAGGUGCGCGAGGAGGCCCAGAGGAGGGUGAGGGAGGAGGAGAGGAGACGUCAGCAGGAGGCGCGGAGGAAAGACGAACUCCUGCAGCAGGAGGUGGUGCGGCUGCGCCGAGAGAUGGAGGAGAGGAGAGCCGUGGAGCAGCUUGCUCGGAGGAUGGAAAGAGAGAGGCACCACAGAGAAGCCAAGCAGAGAGAAACUCGGUCCAUUAAACCUGCAGCGCUCGCAUUACACUCCCAGAAGCAGCGAGACGAGGAACAACUUGUGCAAGAGCAGGUGGAGGCUAGAGUCCACAUGCUGAAUCUACAAUGCCUGCAGAAGCACUUCUCAGCCUGGUUCACCUUGGUGCUAGCACGGCGUCUGCGUGAGGGCAAGGCGGCAGCGCUCUGUGAUUGGAGGAGGAAACUGGGGGUAUGGCGGGCAUGGCGAGCGCUGGUGUGGGCCAAUAAGGAAGAGAGAGAGGCGGAGAGAACAGAGGAGGAGCUGCGAUUAGAGCACAGGCGUUGUCAAGUGGCCGCGGAGGGUGACCGUAAAAGGCUGCUGAGACGGUGCCUGAAUGAUUGGCAGCUUUGGUGUCGAAUGGAGAGAGAGCGACGGGAGCUGCUCCAGCAACAGGAGGAAACCAAACGAAAAAUGGCCGCCCUGAUUUCUGCUGCCGUCUCAGGGAAGUUAGGGUCUGAGCACGCCUCUGUUCAGCUAAUCACAGACCUACCUGAGAAAUGUAGCCAAUCAGAACCCAUAAAGACCAAGGCUGCCAUCCCUGCAUUGCAAUGCCCUGGCGCUGCGCCUGCCUCCGCCUCCCCUCUAAUUGCCACGGACGGUGCCCGGGGCGAUGCCCGUGGAGAUGCCUGCGGUGGUGGCGGUGGUUCCCUGCCGAAGCAGGCUUGGCAGGUCACCCGCGGGCACGGCGCCCUGACGGUGGCCGAGCUGCAGCAGCUGGCCAGAAGGAAGGGCCCCCAGGAGGGACUGCUCGCCGAUGCCCCCCGAUGCCCCGGAGUGGAGCUGCGCGGCGGGAGGUUCGAGCACCGGCACGCCGCGCAGCGGCAGGUGAUCGCCGAGCAGAGGCGGCUCCUGCGGGAUCAGCAGGAAGUGAUCGCUCGGCUGCAAGAGACGCGGAGCAUGGCGGAGCUGCGGACGCGGGCCACUGCGCACGCCCCAGCGGGGCCCGGGCAGCCAAUCACACGGCUUGACGGCCACCAGCAGCCACCCAAAAACCUCCAGGGCCCCAGUGAGCCAAUCACAGAGAAGCCGGAUGACGCUAGGCCCCAAGGCAUCUCAGGGAAAACCAAUAUGAGAAACGUGGUCCCGAGACACCAACAGAAAUCCACAGCCCCGCACCCUACUGUGCAAGCGAUGGAGGAGAGAGCUCGACAGCGUGCUGAACGUAGGAAAGAGGUAGAGGAGAGGAAGAGACAGAUAGAGCAGGAGAGACUUGCCCAGCUGAAAGCAGCAGAGGAGGAGAGACAGAGGGUGGAGGAGGAGGAGAAGCGUAUCGCCUCCGAGAAGAAAAGAGAGGAGCGGAGGAAGGAGCGGGAGAGGGAACUGGAAAAACAGAUGAAACAGGAAAGGGAACAGAAGCUCCUGCACCAGGCCAAGGAGCACUACCAAAGGAGCCUGCUGCUCCGGCAAGGCCUAGCGCCAUGGAAACGGCUCAUGGAGCAGUGCCACGGCAACACGCAGCUGGCUACCACCCAUCAUGGCCACCGGGCCCUCAGACGCUGCUUCCUGCUUUGGCACAGCGCCAGCCAACAGCGCCAGGCUCACCGAGAGGCCUGUGCCGCCCACCUCCACCGAAAUAUACUCCUGCGGAGGAGCCUCGCCAGCUGGAAGCGGCUGAAGGACUACCGCUCAUUCCUGGAGGCGCGGGCUCAGAGGUUCUGCCGUGAGCGGGUGCUGCGUCGCGUCUUCGCGGCGCUCCUGGAUUACGUGACGGAUGAGCGGCUAGCGGCGUGGGACCGCGAGCAGCUGGCACAAGAGCACAACACCAGGCGGGUGGUGCGUAGUUGUUUCCUCGACUGGCGACGUCUGCCAGAGCUCCAGAGAGAGGAGAAGAAGAGGGAGGUCCGUAGGGAUCAGCUCCGACGCAAGGUAGCUGAAAUCCUGCCCGACUUCCGGGCAUCCCCCAGGGACUCUAUCUGGAGCCCAGUCCCACCUCCCCUCUGAGUCACUGACACACUUUCCGGGACACACGCAUUGACGUGAACAGACAAACCCUCACAAACACACUUGCACAGAUCCACCAUUCCAAGCUCCCAGCGUGAAGCAGGUUGUGGGUGGAUUCAUAUUUGUACCAUGUUCAUCCACACACUUACAUAUACAUGCAUGCCUGUGGGAAUGUGGCCGCAAAAAUACACAAACACCUGGACAUUCACUCGCGCACUCACUCAUUCACUCGUUUGCUCACUCGCUCUCUCUCUAUAUACCAUAGACACUUUCAUGUACAAAAUCUAGUCUCAAAACUGAACGAAGGUCGAAGUUAAAAGAAAACAUCACACAAUCACAUACUGGUCCACUAUUUGUCU